AUGGAGGAUGAGACCCCCACUCCCAGCACGCUGCGGCAGGUGCUGGACGCCGGCCCCAAGUGGCACGCUGAGUCCGAGGGCUCCCUGCUCUCCACCCAGGACUCCUAUGAGGCCUCCGAUGAGAAGCUCCUGGCGAUGCUAUCAGACCUCGCCAAGGGAGAGGAGGACAGUGCCGAGUCUCCAGAGGAGUUGCGCGCAGAGGUGGAGGCAAAGCGGGAGAUGCAGCGGCGCCUGCGAAGAGAGCUUCAGCAGCUCCAAGAGCGGAGCCGUUGGCAGUGCCAAGAGUCCAAUGCCUUCAUGCAGCGCCUCUGCAGUGCCCGGGACGCCCUGGCGGAAAAGAUCCAGGAUGCCAACAGCGAGAAUCUCGAGCUGAGAUCGCGCCUGGGGAACUGCAAGGAGCAGGUGGCUCAGCUCAGGCGCUCCCGGCCGCCAGUGGUGAGCUUGUCAGAGGUGACUUGCCAGGCGCGUUUGGUGGAGGAACUGGCGGCUGCCAGUCGCUGCCAGGCUGCGCUGCAAGAGGAGCUUUACCAGGAGCGCCAGAAGACCUGGCGGGCCUCCGGCGCAGUGCUCCGCGCCUUCGCCGGCCUCGACGCCAUCGAAAGCUCGCUCGACACGCGCGCGGCGGAGGCGGAAGCGCUGAGGGCGGUGGCGGAGCGCGCGGCGAGGUGCGGGGUGCACCUGGAGCUGGAUGAUGCGGAGCCCGAGGGCUUGGACAUUCAGCCCUUGGAGCAGCAUCUCGCGGACUUGGAGCUACACCGGGACGAGCUGAAGGCCAUCCAGGUGGAGCUUCAGGAAUCCGACGAGGACUCGGAGCUCCUGCAGACGCAUCAGGAGCUGCUCAGCGCCGAGUCGCGCAUGGAGGUUUGCCGCCCGCAGUUGGAGGAGGCCGAGGCCUUGGUGUCGCUGCUGCGAGCGGAGCUGCGCAGCGAGCAGGCGGUGGCGCGAGAGGAGCAGUCCGCGCAGCAGCGGCGCCGCGAGGUCUUCCGCAGCCAGGUGGAGGAGAAGCGACGGGAGCUGCGCCGGAUCCAGGAGUGCCAACGCUGCGCGGCUGUUUGA